AAAGCCUUUAAUCUUGGAAUCCUCUGAUUUUGGAAUUAGUAUAUGAACUAGGCUAAGCAAGAGCUUUUUCAAGUGAAACCAACUUUAACCAUGAGCAUUAGAAAAGAGCAACAUUCCUUUCUCUUAAGACGUGUACUUGCAUUGAAGCUUCUCUUUACUAAAGUCCCUUACUUUAUAUAUUUUUGAUGUCUCAUCUAUAAUUCUCAAGUAUUCUACUGUAUGUUCAUAUAUCUUUCUCUUCUUCUUCUCUCUCUCUCCUUUGUGUAGUGGAUAUAGUGUUGGUUGAUAUAAACUAAAAGAAGAGAUGGUUACAAAGCAGAUUACAAGAUCAGGAAUGUGUGUAACUUUAUUGAUAAUCAUCAUCAGCUUGAAGUUGGUUCUUUCUGAAGCUGAAAUCUUUUCUAACAGUAUUGAAACAGGAAGAAGCUUGUUACAAACACAAGAUGUCUCCAGCACCAUAUACCAACAAAAUGAAAUAGUACGGAUAGAUCCAUUAGACCAAUUCAACAAAUACAAAGGCAGCUAUAACAUCACAAACAUGCAUUAUUGGAGUGUAAGCCCCUCCAGGCUCCAGCCGUCCCUCUCACUAAUAAACCCCAUGUUGAUCUAUAAUAAUAGAAACUAUGUUUACCAUGUUUUGCAGUCAACCAUAUUUACUGGAAUUUACGGUUAUGCAAUUGCACUGUUAUGGCUCAUCGCCGGCAUUGUGUAUGCCAUGUAUCUGCUAACAGCUUCCUGCUGUAGAACCAACAACCAACAGCUGAAAAGGAGAACACCAUGUCACAAGCCAUGUUAUCUUUUCCCUAUAAUCCUGAGCACAAUUUUUGCUAUCCUGGCAAUAAUUGCAUCUGGGGUUGCUCUUGAAGCGAACAUGAGAUUUCAUUCUAGAGCAAAGACCAUUAUGAGCGUUGUAAUAAAGACGGCAGACCAAGCAUCCAAUACCAUAUAUAAUGCCACAGGACCAAUGAGGAAGAUUAGUGCAAACUUACAACGACAAGCAACUGAUAGUGUUAAUGGCGUGGAUGGGGCUGAUGCUGCUGAUAUUGCUGGUGCAGCUAGCUUCAUGGCUUCGACAUCUGACAAGCUUGAUUAUGCAGCAACUGGCAUAGAAAGACAAGCUCAGAAAAACAGGCACUUGGUUGAGAGGGGUCUGACAAUAUUGAACAUUUUGACCAUCAUCACAAUAUCCUUGAACCUGGCGGUCAUAAUCGCACUUACAGUUUUUGGUAUACUGAGAUUGCGGCGAGCACUCCACAUGCUAAUCAUAUUCGGCUGGCUUCUAACUGCCAUCUGCUGGCUGUUUUUUGGAUCAUAUUUCGUCCUUGAAAAAUUCUCCACCGAUACAUGCACAGCUCUUCAAGACUUCCGACACAAUCCAGACAACAGCAGCUUGAGCUCGAUCCUUCCUUGUGAUGAAUUUCUUUCAGCACGAACUAUAUUAUCUGAUGUUGGCCUAGGAAUCUAUGAGAUCGUUGACCAGGUAAAUACAAAUAUCACUCUCCUGAGGAGUAAUUCAUUCCCAGGUCUCGAGUACGUAUGCAACCCUUUCUCUGGACCACCCGAGUAUUUGUAUCAACCAGGAAAUUGUGCAGCUGACACAAUUACAAUAGGGGAUAUCCCACAGGUACGCCAAGGACAAUUAUUACCUCUCAACAAAAAUUCAAUAUUAACAAGAUCUGGCGGGCUAAAGAGAGCCUCAUUUUUGCAGGUGCUGAAGAUGUUUACCUGUUCAGAAAACAGUGGGACAAGUUGCCAGACAGCAGGAAUCAUAACCACCAGUGAGUACAAUGUCAUAGAAGCUUACACGACUUCAAUACAAAGCCUGUUAAAUGCAUACCCAGAUAUGAAAAAUCUAGUAGAUUGCCAACUUGUAAAAGAUGCAUCCUCAAAGAUCCUAGUUAAUCACUGCAAGCCAUUGAAGAAAUGUGCACAGACAACUUGGAUUUCAAUGUUAGUGCUUUCAGUAGUGAUGGUGAUCUUGGUCCCAAUAUGGGCAAAUUUUGGUCAUCACGAACAAAAACAUCAUUCAGCAAAUAAUGUUGUACAGCCAAAUACCGCGGAAGCAAAUAAUCUGGAUCCUGAGGCAGCUAAAGCGGCUUUUGAGCUAAGUUCAGUAACCUGAUUGACUUUUAACCGUAAAACAAGGAUUUCUUAGCAUAAGCAAGAGAUUUGUGUCUAUGACUCUCUGCACUAAAAUGCAUGUACAAGUACAGUAUACAGGGCAAAUACAAGAAAUCCUAUACGCCUUAGAUAGGGUAGGAAACAUAAUCCAAGAACAUCAAGCCCUCCAAGUAAUUAUAGUGUUUGGAGAGGACUAAACAAUAAUCCCUAGUAUAGUUUGACACACGGCAUUUUUGUACUAGUGGAAGAAUACUUAGCAAUAGUUACUGACAGAUAUACUAUUAUAAUGUACAGGAAUUCCAAGGACAAUCCCAUAGAGGAACAAAAAAUUCUUCAAUGUAAUUGUAUUUACAAUUUUACAUGAUACGAAAACUUUUCAAGAAGCUA